AGAGAACCAUGGAAGAAACAAUUAGGCAAAAGCCUCAAGUUCCACAAGCUGGUGGCCUAUGCAAUAGCUAUUAAUGCAACUGUCCAUAUUGUGGCACACGUGGUCAACAUGGAGCGCUAUCACAUUGGCCAAUCCAAAGGGGCUGGGGAGCUGCCAAACAAGCUUUCUUACCUUGGCAACAACCCAAAUGAAAGCUACCUGAACCCAAUCAGGAAAUAUGACACAAACAUAAUUACCGAAUUCCUAACCACAAUAGCUGGUAUAACUGGACUGGUGAUUUCCAUCAUUUUGAUUUUGAUCAUGACCUCAUCAACUAAUUUCAUUAGACAGGUGUCAUAUGAGUUAUUCUGGUAUACACAUCACACAUUUGUUAUCUUCUUCCUUGUCUUGGUUCUCCAUGGAACUGGACAGAUUGUCCGAAGUCAGACACCGGAGAGUUUGAUGCUUCACAAUGUCACCUACUGUAAAGAUCAUCUUACUGAAUGGGAAGAAACCACUCGGUGCCCCUUGCCACAGUUUUCUGGCAAUGAACCUUCGGCUUGGAAAUGGGUUUUAGGCCCUGUGGUCUUGUAUAUGUGUGAAGAGAUAAUUAGGUUCUGGCGAUUUCAACAGAAAGUUGUCAUUACUAAGGUGAUAACUCAUCCCUCUGAAGUCCUGGAACUUCAUAUGAAAAAGCGUGAUUUUAAAAUGGAGCCUGGACAAUACAUCUUUUUGCAAUGCCCUUCCAUUUCCCGGUUGGAAUGGCAUCCUUUCACUCUCACCUCAGCCCCUGAAGAAGACUAUUUUAGUGUACAUAUACGUGUUGCAGGUGAUUGGACAGAAGCUUUGUUUAAGGCUUUUGGAGCAGAAGAAACAUCAUUUAAGGAACCGUGGAUGCUUCCAAGACUGGCAGUGGAUGGACCAUUUGGAGCUGCUAUUACAGAUAUUUUUCACUAUCAAGUCAGUGUGUGCAUUGCUGCAGGAAUAGGAGUUACUCCCUUUGCCUCAGUUUUGAAAUCUAUAUACCAUAGAUGUUGUGGUCCACAUACAGAGCUGAAGCUGACCAAGGUUUAUUUCUACUGGAUUUGCAGAGCUCCAUGUGCCUUCGAGUGGUUUGCUGAUCUUUUGUUUUUGUUGGAAACUCAGAUGGCUGAGAAAGGAAAAACCAAUUUUCUAAGUUAUCACAUAUUUCUUACUGGAUGGGAUGAAAAUCAGGCUGCCCAUAUAGCUUUACAUUGGGAUGAAAGUACUGAUGUCAUUACUGGUCUAAAGCAGAAGACAUUCUAUGGAAGACCUAAUUGGAACAAUGAGUUCAGAAAACUAGCUUACAACCACUCCAGCAGUAACAUUGGUGUAUUCUUCUGUGGACCCAAAGCCCUCUCCAAGACUCUUCAAAAGAUGUGUGAUUUAUAUUCCUCAGCUGACCCCAAAGGAAUGAUUAAUGUGAUGCAUAGAGGAAAGCAGCAGAGUGAGUGGAGAAUUAGAGCCUGUGCCAGUUCACCUAGAGGCAUUUAUCUUUUAUUUUUUCCCCUGGUGCCUGUGCUGAGCCUGAGGGUCCAAAGAUUGGAGUCUCUGAUCUGGACUAGGAGUAUAAACCAUGGGCAUGAAGGAGUCCAGGAAUCAGUACCAGGUGUUAUAAUAUCUGCCAAAUAGCCAUAUCUUAAAAUCAAAGGCCCAAAAGUCUGGAAUUCCAGUUCAGCAAAAGCCAGCAACAAUGCCAAAUUGGGAUGUGAAGCUGUGGAACUAAUGCAAUGUAGAAAGUGAGCCUAAAUUGUGAGCUUCAUCCCUCACAUCACUCUGUCUUCAGACACCAAAUUGUAAUAAGGGAAAAUUUUGCCCCUAAGGAGAGAAAAUGUUUGUUCUUUUUUUCCUUGUUAUAUCUUUGAAAUAAAAAUAUCUCUGUUAAAAAAAAAAAA